AUUAUCAUGGCUUUCAGUGGCAAGUAUGAAGCUGCAAGUCAAGAAAACUAUGAAGAGUUUAUGAAGGUCCUCAAGUAUUCUGAUGAUGUCAUUGAAAAGGGAAGGAAUGCCAAAGUCAUUACAGAAGUGACCCAAAAUGGAAAUAAUUUUACCUGGGCACAAAUUUAUCCUGGAGGUAAAACCAUGAAGAACGCAUUUGUGAUAGGCCAGGAAUCAGAGAUGGAAACUAUGGAUGGCAAGAAAUUCAAGGCAACAGUCAAAAUGGAAGGGAAUAAGAUAGUUUGUGAUUUUCCAAACUAUCACCAUACUUCAGAGAUCGAAGGAGGAAAUCUUGUUGAGACCUCUACAUGCGGUGGUGUCAUUUACAAGAGAAUUAGCAAGAAGAUCGCCUAAGACAGUAAACUCCAAUUAAAUGCCAGAGGAGUAACUUUCUUUUUUGUAAUAA